UUAUUAAGAAGUUAGUCUUGAAUUUGUAUUGUAACAAGCAAAAUGUCUGCCCAACAAAGUGUCGAAGUAGAUAAGCUUUUUAGUUUUAUAAAGCCACUGGCAAUUAAAGCAGGCGAAAUGCUAUUAGAGGGAUACAAUAGCAAGAAAAAUGUAGAAAUUAAAUCAGAUUUCUACGAUGUUGUUACAGAAUACGACAAUAAAAUAGAGAAUUAUUUAAUGCAGCAAAUAUUAGCAUCUUAUCCACAUCAUAAAUUUGUGGCAGAAGAAGAAUCUUCAAAAAACAAUGCAACAGCACCAUUAACUGAUGCACCAACAUGGAUAAUUGAUCCAAUUGAUGGAACUUCAAAUUUUAUUAAAAUGCUUCCACAUACUUGUGUGUCUAUUGGAUUGGCCAUCAAUAAAGAAAUCGUUUUGGGUAUUGUUAACAAUCCGGUUUUGAAUAAUUUGUAUUGGGCGGUUAAAGGUAAAGGAGCUUUUAGAAAUGGUGAAAAGAUAAGUGUUAGCGAUUGCCAGCAAGUAAAAGAUGCAAAUAUUGCAUAUGAAGUAUCUUUAUUGCACGUUUUAGAUAUAUGUGAUAAGCACAUCAAACGAAUGUAUCAUUUGGGAUCAGGAGCAAGAAGAAUGUUAUCGUAUGGAACUGUUGUUGAAAGCAUGUGUUAUGUAGCAAGUGGAAAUUUAGAUGCAUAUCACAUCGAAGACAUGUACCCAUGGGAUUGUGCUGCCGGUUAUUUACUAAUUCGAGAAGCCGGUGGUGUUGUUUAUCAUCCAUAUGGUGGAGAUUUUCAAAUUAUGAAACCAGAUUUAGUGUGUGCCGGCACUGAAAGUUUGUGUCGUGAAAUUAUUGGACUUAUAAAAAAAGCAGAUGAAUCGAAAUCAUGUGGUGGAAAUUAAAAAAACAAAAUGUUUAUUUUUUUUACAUCGAUCGAUCGUUUUCGAAUCAAUAAAUAAAGUAAUUCAGUCUGUACUUAAAUAAAUUUUAUGUUAAUUAGUAGACGAAAUAAAAAUAUAACACUUUUUUUCUUUUUU